GGAUUUUCCAUUUUAAUCAGCUUACAAACAGCAACGUGAUUCUUGCAAUGUGAUUUUUUUUUUUUUUUUAAUUUAAAAACCUAAACAGAUCCUUUCUCGGCCUGUACCCAAGCUCUCCUCUGUCCCUCUCUGGAGGGGCUCUUGGCCUUCCCUGAUGAGCUCACAGUCUCAGGGGCGCAGGGGUUGGGCAAGGGCGAGGCCGGUCGACGGGGCGGGCAGGGGGCGGCCGCUGUGACCUCGGGCGUCGCAAACACCGCCCUCCGCGGCCAGCGAUAGGUCCCACCCCACCUAGGCGACCUGCGGCCGGGGGCGGGGAGACGCGGCGGGGACGCGCGGCGCGGCGGUUGAGCGUCCGGGAGAUGUGGGCACCGAGCGGCCCGGGGCCCGCGGGCUGGGACCGCCGCAGGGUGGGCGCGCGACUACGAGCCGCACUGGCUGGGCUGCAGGAGCUUCAGGGGCUGCGCGCCACGCAGCAAGCGCGCGUGCGGGGAGCCCUGGGCCUGCACCCUGCGCCAGGGCCCCGCGGCCAGGAGCUGCGGCUGGAGUCGGCGCUGGCCGCGCUACGGGAGCAGCUGUCACGGCUAAGGAGACAGGAUGCUGGCCUGAAGACCCACUUGGAUCAGCUGGACCAGCAGAUAAGUGAACUGCAGCUGGAUGUGAGCAGGUCUUCCUGUGAGGCCUUAGACAGUGACAGCAGGCCCAGCUCUGGUUUCUAUGAGCUGAGUGAUGCUGGUUCCUGCUCCCUGUCCACCUCCUGUGCAUCAGUUUGCAGUGACCGUCUAUCCCCCUCCCUGGGUAGCUGGCUGCCUGUGCUCCAGCCCUCGAAGUCCAGGUCUGGCAUGGGAGACUGGCGACCUCGCUCUGCUGAUGAGACCACUGUCCCUGCAUGGAGCCCGCAGCCCACAGAAGAUAGCAGGCUCCUGCAUGGUGCCAAGGGCACAGGCCGGCCGAGGGGCGUGUUCCGGCCCAGACCAGUGUCUACAGGCGAUCUCGAGAGAGUCCUUCCAGCUGAUGCGGGCCUCCAGAGAGCUGGCACUGAUGCUGCAUCCCUCCUAUGCCAGGGAGUAGAGGUCCCAGCCCACGCACUGGACCCCAAGUACCAGCGUGAUCUGGUGGCCAGGGGAGGCCAGGAGGUGUACCCAUAUCCCAGCCCCCUCCAUGCAGUGGCUCUACAGAGUCCUCUCUUUGCCCUACCUAAAGAAGCUCCAUGUUUUGACAUCUACUCACCUCCCCAGGAUCCUCCUCAGGUUCCUGUUGAUGAGAACAGGACUCGAAUUGAGCCGAUUCGUGAGCUGGCCUCAGCUGAAGCCUACAUCCACAGGCUAUUGCGACUGCGGGGCCAAGAGCUCCCCCUGAGAGAUGUUGGGCAGGAGCAGGGAGGUGAUGCAGCUGCUUUUCCACAGAAGCCCUGUGGCCAGAGGGCAAACAGUAUAGGUCAGUUCGAGAAGCCUGCCGAUCGGGGAGGAGUGAAACUAAGUAGAGGUGCUGCCAAGGACAGCCUCAGGCAACAGGGGCCUGUGUCCCUUGUGGAUACUGAGCCCCUCAGCAGCCCCCUAAAGGAGGAAACCAUACCUUGGAAUUCCUCUGUCCAUGGAGAUGAUACUGUUGGUCCCUCUGUCUGCUCCCAGGCCCAGCUGCCUCUUAGUGAUUGUGACCAAGGACCAGUCCUGUCACCAUCCAGGGUGUUGAGCGCUGAGAGCCCACCUUUGGCUCCAGGGUCCUUUGCCUAUACAUCCUGUACCACUGGUGAAACCUCCCCAGUAAGUCUGAGGAUGGGCUCUCCCCAAAACAAGGCCAUGAAGGUCAGAAGAAGAGUUAGUGAGAAAGUACCGAGACUGGGGAAACAGCUCCCACCACAAUCUGAGAGACAGCGGGGCAUUCAUGCUGUGUUGCCCACAGAGCGAGACCCCUCCUCCAGGCCUCAGCAGGGAGGUCUCAGCAGAAGGCCCACACUGGCCAGAGAGCCUCCAGGACGCUCCUGUUCUGAGUCCACCCUCUACCCUGUGCCCUUCCUUGUCCCCCUAGUGGUGGCCCAGAGGGAAAGUUACCCAGUAUCCUCCCAAGCUCUUUUCCCAAUGGAGGCAGCCCUCAACUCAGCAGCCAGGCGGAAGCAGCGCAGGUGGCAGUCCACUAUGGAGAUCUCAGCCAAAGCCCGUUCAGUCAGCCGACCGGGGCCCAGCUUGGGUCCCUCUAGGUCCCCAGCCAAGAGAGGAGGUGGUCCCCGGGCGCAGAGCAGGCCCACACUUGCCCGUCAGGAUGCCUGUGCGAGGAGUGAGUCAGACCCUUCAGAGCACUCUGCAGAAUGCGCCUCACUAGUCCAUUCUACUAUUGCGGAAACCAGCGAGGAAGAGGAGGCCAGUGACCACACUGCCAACCGCUUUGGGGACGAGUCCAGCAGCAAUGAUUCAGAAGGCUGUGUCCAGAGAAGCCGCCGCGGCCUGGCAGUAGGCAGUGCAGAAGCUGGGCAAGGAGAGUGGGCGUGGCCUCGGGUGUCCCCCCAACAGUCCUCACGGGCCCCAGGAGGCACCAGGCCACCCCUGCCCCCUGUACCCAAACUGUGCCGCAUCAAGGCCUCCAAGGCCCUGAAGAAGAAGAUCCGAAGGUUUCAGCCAGCAGCCCUGAAGGUCAUGACCAUGGUGUGAUGCCAGUGUUUCAGGACAAGUCUAGGACCCCAGAAGGUGUCAUGUGAUGUGGUAGCCCGUGCCAUGUGAUGAGCAGGCGGAGGGUGGUACCAACCCACCAUUUUGCUUAGGUUUCUCAGUCACCCUCAAUGUGGUUGUAGGUCUUCUGGGGUGACAUUCCCUCCAGCCAUUUUCAUUGCAUGAUUCCAUCCACAGUUUUGCCCCCCACCAUAGUGUGCCUGCUUUGUGAGGAGAAAUCUCUAAUAAGACGUUCCUCCCCAGAGACAUCUUAGAAACAUGGAUUCCUGUUGUGGGGAAAACAGAUUUGAAUUUAACUCGAUAUUACAGUCAUGUGAACAAACACCUAACCAUGCUGAUAUAGUUCCAAAUAAAAGAACCAUGUUUCCUUUCUCCUCA